AUUGCUUAGAUAGUCUAGAUUCUCGUGAUGACCGCUUCGGUUGUAGUUUUUGUAGGUGGUCUGCUGGUGAUUAGUGGGUGCUUCGGACAAGCGGAAGAUGUUCCUGAGAGCAAUCCUUGCGUGGUUAACUUCGAUGGGGGAACUGCUUCCGGUGUUGGUGUCCUGAAUCAAACGUUCAAUGGUUUUCGGUAUUGCGAAUACCUGGGAAUACGAUACGCAGAGCCACCGGUUGGAUCGCUGAGGUUCAAGAGUCCAGUGGUAAGAGCCCCGAAAGGAACGGAGCAGUAUACGCGACUCGGAAGCAUUUGCGCUCAACUGAACACCUUUGAUGACGCGGACGAAAUAUACGGCGAUGAAGAUUGUCUGUUUUUGAACGUCUAUAAGCCGUUGGGAAAUGCAACCAAUGACGAGAAGUAUCCCGUUCUGGUUUACAUCCACGGAGGAAGCUACGCAGUAUGGUCUCCUCAAACCGAUAUGUUCGGCGUGGAUUUGCUGAUGGAAAACGGUGUAAUGAUCGUCUCCGUCAACUAUCGAUUGUCAGUUCUAGGUUUUCUUCACCACCCAGAAUUCAACAUCAGCGGUAACUUCGGACUUAAGGAUCACCUGGCUGCUUUGAAGUGGGUUCAACGCUAUAUAGAACCCUUUGGAGGUGACCCCGAUAAUGUGACCCUCAUGGGACAAAGCGUUGGAGCUCACUCCGUGACAUAUUACCUAUAUCUGAAGGCAUUCCAAGGAUUGUUCCACCGAGUGAUAGCAAUGUCCGGAUCGGUUCUGGCUCCUUCAGCCAUGAUCUACAACCCUGAGGAUGUUACCCCCACAUAUCUCGAUUCGAUCAAUGUGUCCUCCUACGACGAGCUCAUGAACGCCAGCUUCAAAGAUGUGUUUUCGCUGAAAGCUUACAGCAGAAGAUUCGUUUUCGCGUAUGCCAAUUUACCCAUCUUUCUUCCCACUGUUGAAAACGAAGACGACCCUGAUGCGUUAGUCACUAAACCUGUUCAUGAACUCAUCCUAGAAGAACCGGCCAGCAAAGUUCCGCUCAUGAUUGGAAUGACAUCGUUGGAAUUCACGCCCUUGUUCGCCGGAGUCCCUGUGACAGAAUUUACCGCCAACAGUAGCUUUCCCAAUCGUCAGAAUAAAACGGUCUACCAGGAGGUGAAAAGUAUGAUCGACUCCGCCGCUAAGCUUGCGUUCAAAGUCGAACCGAACGACGCCGGAAGACACUUCCACGGAAAAAUGGCAGAUCUGGCUAACAUGUACUACCCGGUGAAGAAGCUUCUUUAUCAACUAUCACAGCAGGAAUCAUACCCAGAGCCGAUAUAUUACUACCGGUUUGCGUACGAUGGCAAGUUUGGAAAAUACAGAAACCUGAAGUACAAAAUGUCCGUCGAUGCCAGCUACAAGGGAGCAUUACAUGGCGAUGAUCUGGGCUAUUUGUUCUCGCCGUACGUUGUGCGGGAGGCUGUGGCCAAUCGUGGCGCUUUUCAGACGGAAUGGAAAGUGUCGGAGCGGUUCGUGAGCUACUUCAGUAAUUUCGUGAAAUACGGCAAUCCAACACCAGAGAUUGACGAAGGGACCGAUUUUCAGUGGCCAUCGUACGAAGGAAAUCGUUCAGAACCUCAGUUUCUCAACAUAAACGAUAAGGAUGACGUAAGGGUUGACGACGAUCGCUCAAACUUUGUUUUCCAGGUGUGGCGAGUGGCGCACGAGUGUUUGUACUAUUACCGGUGUUUAGAACUAGAAGUUAUGAAAGGAAGAAUCGAAAAGUAUCUCUCAAGUGACACAAGCAGUAUUGAUUUAAAUAAACUUUUUGAAAGUUAGAUGCUAAUGGACCAUUUAUUUUAAAUAAAUUUAAUUAUAAGCCUUAUGGGUAAAUCAAAUUAA